GCCAUCAACGACUGGCUCCAACGAAGUGAGGAAAUAUGGAAUGCUGCUCAUGUGCACCUCCAACGCGCCAUCCGCAGGGUCAAGGAACAGGCCGACCGUCACAGGAGGUCAGGUCCCGCUUACACCCCAGGACAAUGGGUCUGGCUCUCCACAAGAGACCUUCGCCUUCGGCUCCCGUGCAAGAAGUUGAGUCCCAGCCCGCCGGUUGUCCGAGAGGAGAGAGGGACCAGGAGGAGGCCGUGAACGAGAGUCCCCCUCCCAUCAUCGUGGACGGCGAGGAGGCGUACCAGGUACAGGAGAUCCUGGACUCCCGACGCCGGGGCAGGUUACUUCAAUACCUCAUUGACUGGGAGGGGUAUGGUCCUGAGGAGAGAUCGUGGGUUAAUUCUCAGGAUAUCCUGGACCCUUCACUCACUACUGAAUUCCAUAGAACCCACCCUCACAAACCAGCCCCUCGCUCCCGUGGAAGGCCUCGGCGUCGUUCUCCUCCUCGCUUCAGGAGCCGCUCUGAAGUGGUCUUCUAA